CACAUACGAUACAAAAAGAAAUUAAUUGCUUUCUCAAAGCUUGAAGCCGAAUGUCAAAUACAGAGGAAAAUUUGCACAAACUGCAUUAUUUGUUUCUAUCGAUCCAAUAUUGAUGUUGUAUACGAUACUGAGUCAGCCGACUUACAGCAGACGACGGCUACAGCGCGUGUUGGAAAAAGAUGGACGUUUACAUGGUAUAACAUCAGAAGGAGUUUCAUCAAGCUGGACAAUAAAAGGCCACGUGUGCAUGUGCUGAUUUGACCUUUAAGCAGAUGGCAGCACAAGAAUAUUCCAAUGAAUCUUCCGCUGAAGUCCAGAUUAUUAAAUGACCCAGACACACAGGAACUGAUUCAGUGUUUACCACAAAUACAGACUCAGUUGUGUCAAAGUCAACAAGAUGCUGUUUUCCUAAGGAAGUUCUUCAGAGGAAGAGAUAUACAAGUUAUAAUGAAGCUCUAUAGAAGGCUUUGUCUUGUUACGGCACAACGACUGAGACCUGUUACUAAGUCUAGUGUCGCCUUGGCAGCAAAUACAUACUGCGUACUUAGACAUUACAGAGAGCAAGCAGAAGCAGAUGAGUUACUUAAUCUACUUUCUAAGCCUCAUAUGCAGGCCUUACUGUAUUCCCAUGACAACAUUGCACUCAAAGAAUAUGAACCAGAUAUAAGUAGUCUGGCUGGAACACCAGACAAAGAGGAAGAAACAAUCAAACUUGUACAACUUGUCAAAAGUAACGAGCCUUUGGGUAUAACACUACAGUUGAAUGAUGUUACAGGAGGAAUAGAAAUCGCUCGGAUUUUACAUGGUGGUGCUGCACACAGAAGUGGUCUAAUCAACGUUGGAGAUGAGGUGAAGGAAAUUAACGGAAUAACGUUCCAUGGAAAAGAUCCCAAGGAUAUGACAGAAAUUUUGUCAGAGUUACAAGGAGCAGUAUCUAUGAAACUUGGCACAAGAACACGACUGGCGAAGGAUCAAAGAAGCAGCAGUACAAAAGUCAGAGCACUAUUUGAUUACAAUCCGUUUGAUGAUCAAAUGAUACCCUGCCCCCACGCGGGACUGUCUUUCCAGAAAGGCGAUAUUUUAUAUAUUGUAUCACAAGAAGACCCUCUCUGGUGGCAAGCAAAGAAAGCAGGAGAGACAAGAGCAGGUCUUAUUCCAGCCAGACUCCUACAAGAAAGGAGAGAAAUACUCAAGAAUGCUGAGAAUGUCGAGGAGGAGAGCAAUCGCAGGGGAGCACGAUCGAUAAGUCCGUGCAGGAUAAGUCCAAAGAGCGUCCGAUCGAGGCGAGUCAGGAAGAUGAUGUAUCAUGCUGUCCUAAACUCCGAUUUUGACCUUGGAGAGAUACCUACCUAUGAAGAUGUUGAACUACUACCUCCUAAUUCUAAAAAUAAACGUCCAUUGGUGCUGAUUGGUGCUCCUAAAGUUGGAAGGAACGAGUUGAAACGAAGACUGAUGGUUUCCAAUCCUGGUCAUUUUGAAGAUGUUGUACCGUUUACAUCUCGUCCAAAGAAACCUACAGAGUUAGAUGGUGUAGAAUACCACUUUAUAACCAGGGAUGAGAUGGAAAGUGCACUCGUAGCACACAGAUUCAUUGAGCACGGCGAAUUCAAGGGAAACUUAUAUGGAACGAGAAAAGAUUCAAUUCUGUCUGUGAUAAACUCAGGGAAAGUGUGUGUUUUAACACCAAAUUCUCAGGCAUUGAGGUUUCUUAGGACUGCUGAAAUAAAGCCUUAUGUGAUUUUUAUAAAAUCUCCACCAUUCCAACAGAUACAAAGAACAAGACAAAGACACAAUGCUGUCUUCGUAUUUGAAGGGAAUGCACGCCCAUUUAUGUCUUCUGAUUUCGAUGACAUAGUACAGACUUCAAUGAAGCUAGAGCAGAAAUAUUGUCACCUAUUUGACUCCGUAAUUAUAAACGAAAAUUUGACCAAAGCAGCAUCUGAACUGAUCACGAUAGCAAAACUAGCCGAAACAAAGUCACACUGGGUCCCAGUUUCAUGGGUAUGAAAACGUGGACGUGAUGAUAGAAAUGUAUCCAUUGUGUGUCAGAAGUUUAGAAGGAAUGUGAAGGAUAUGGAGUUCAAACAUUGAAGAAAAGAAAGGAUGUUAAAAAAUGUAAAAUCAAUAUGGCAAUGUAUGACGACUAAAGCAUACUAAAGAUGCAGCGUUGAAGAUUUCCGUAAGACUAUUUUGUUUGUAGAAUGAUGUUGAAAUUUAAUUUAAUUUAUACAGACGGUGAAUCUUUAAUUGUUUUAGAAUGUCCAGGAAUAUAAUCCGAUAUUCUUUUUAUGCAAACAACAAGAAAAAACAAAAAAAUAAAAGAUUGUGACAAGUUAAGAUCAAGCUAUUCUGUAAUCAUAUUGUGUUCUAUGAUGAUGCAAUUAAUGAAUCGUAUAAAAGGAUUAAACUACCAUCAUUGUUGUUAUUCCAAAGACACAGUUUUUCAGUUCCAGGGUUGUAGUUUUCGUGAUUUGUUUAUACAGGUGCUUUGUUAAAUAAAUCAUUCAGCAAGUGAUCAAUGCCACUGUUGCCAUUAAAAUAGUUCUUGACUUAAACAUGUCGGUUAUUACAUUAUGUUUUGCUCGGUCUUUUUUUUAAGUUAGACAACUUGAUCGAAUGCAGUGGACUUUAAA